GUCUGUCAGGGAGGUUCAGUGACCCUGGCCUUCCUGAAUCGCCAGGCAGCUGAUUCUCUCCCCCUCUGAGUGUGAGGCAGAACCUUCAACAAACACGGUCUGGCACACCUCUGGCAACGCUCUUAAAGGCCCUGAACUCCUUUGGGGAGCUCUGCACAAGCAGCCGGGGAGACAGACAGGUGAUGGAUCUACCUCCUGUCUUGCUUUCUCCUCAGUCCCAGACGGGCUCCCACCUGGCAGAAACCUGCAUGGAACGCGAGAGAAGCCCACCCACAGCAGAGCUGGCCAGGGACUCCUUUCCCAGUGAUCAGGUGCCCAGCUCCAGCCUCACUGAUACCGACUGGUUUGGGGAUGAGCACAUCCAGGCAAAGAGGGCCAGAGUAGAGACUAUUGUCCGAGGCAUGUGUCUCUCUCCUAGCCCCAUGGUGCCAGGCAGUGCACGAGCUAAGGAGAGCUCAUGCUGUCCAGAGAUAGCCCGGGAGCGGAAGAGGAAGCAGAGCCUUCCCACACACCAGGGUCCCCUGAAAUCAGGUCUUGGCUGGGAUUGCGGGCCCAAGAAGGGGGAGACCCGGGUGAAAGAACAGCUCAAUCUACUGAAGCAACAGCUAAGACAUCUGCAGGAGCAUGUCCUACAGGCCACUGAGCAGGGCCCAGGAGGUGCUGAACAGAGAAGCUCCCCAAGGGCAAAGCAGAGGAACAGCUUCCUGUCUAGUCCCUGGACCGUGGACAGCAAAGUCCACCAGCGUUCUAACAAGGACACCUGUGGGGCAGUAAAGCCCAGAACCGCUGAGGUUCAUCAGCAGGCAGAGGAACCGGUGCUCCGUCCUUCUGGAGCACGGGCUUUAGUGGAGGCUCUAAGGAAAGAACUAAACAGGGCCGUGUCCCAGGCUGUGGACUCAGUAUUACAACAGAUGCUACUGGAUCCGCCCGGACACCUCACCCGGCAGGAACUGAGCUGCCAGAGGCUAGCAUCAGAGGGUAGAAACCACCCUUCACCUCCACAGAGAAGUGCCCAUAAGGAACCGCUUGCUCUUGCUACCCUGCCUAGGAGGGUCCCCCCACAAGCGGGGGUUCCUUUGGGCAGUUCUUCACUGGCUACGCCUCUAGAUCCUCCAAUGUGUCCUGUCUCUCCAAGAGCAGUUCCCAAACCACAUCAGAAUCCCCUAACAAACUGUCCCCUGACAGCUGUGUCUUCCCACAUCUGGGAAAAUCAGAUUCUUAGCCAGCUUCUGGGUCGUGGGCCUAAUGGCCAUUGGAGUGGCAGCCCUCAGCAGGACUCAUCGUCCCAAAGUCACACCUCCGCAGAGUCUGCCCAGCAACCUUGGGUUUUGAGUCAGCAGCAGCUCCCGCUGUCUUUCACUUCUGUCCGCCUGGAAAGCCGGCCUCUCCUACCCUCUGUGAAGAUGGAGCAGGGUGUGCUGCAGGGCGUGGCUGACAUGAUUCCUUUCUCUUCCAUCCACAUCCAGGAAGGCCUAAGCCCUGGUCACUUGAAGAAGGCCAAACUCAUGUUUUUCUUCACACGGUACCCCAGUUCCAGCCUCCUGAAAGCUUAUUUCCCUGACGUUCAGUUCAACCGCUGCAUCACCUCCCAGAUGAUCAAGUGGUUCAGCAACUUCCGGGAGUUUUAUUACAUCCAGAUGGAGAAGUACGCACGGCAAGCAAUUUCAGAUGGUGUCACAAACCCCAAAAUGCUGACGGUUCUCCGUGACUCAGAGAUUUUUCGAGUUCUCAAUGCACACUAUAACAAGGGGAAUGACUUUGAGGUCCCAGACUGCUUCUUGGAAAUUGCCACCUUGACAUUACAGGAGUUCUUCAGGGCUGUCUCCGCAGGGAAAGACACAGAUCCUUCCUGGAAGAAACCCAUUUACAAAAUUAUUUCAAAACUGGACAGUGACAUCCCAGAGAUACUCAAAUCUUCCAACUAUCCCCAAGAACUGUUUCGAAAUUAAGAGAAAAAAACGAGGUCAAGUACAAUGUCCUGUUAUUCCAAUACUUGGGAGGUGGAGACAGGAGGAUCAGGAAUUGGGCAGCCUUGGCUACACAGACAGAUGAUCAAACAAAAUGAGUAGACUGGCCCAGGAUGGCAGUCUAGCUGUAGUCAUGUAAGAGGGAACAAGACGACCCUCUCCCAUGCAUAGAAUUUGUUCAGAAUCAUCAGAGACUUAACCUUAACCACACGGUAUCAACUAAGCCCAUGUUGGUAGUAUACCGGCAAAGAAACUCAAGUUUGGCAUCAGAAGACUUAAAAGUCAAUGCCACUGUCAUCAAGUGCUGUGACGCUGAUAAUUUCCUGGUAUUUCUGCAACUCUAAAAGGAGAUUCAGCCAGGCAGUGGUGGCACACACCUUUAAUCUCAGCACCUGGGAGGUAGAGGCAGGUGGAUCUCUGAGUUUGAGGCUAUCUUGGUCUACAGAGAGAGUUCCAGGCUAGCCAGGGCUACACAGAGAAACCCUGCCUUGAAAAACCAAAUAAAUAAAACCAAGAAAUUUUGAACCAUGGGUAACUCAUUGAUCCUUCUGCCAGCGAACUGGGUUAGUCAGGAGUGUGGAGGAACCAAUGACCAUGUAAGCUGGACUUGUGCUGGAUCACUCAUGCUGUCACUCAGGAUCUCAAACAGGAAGAAGUCAUACCAACAGGGCACCCGCAAAGUGGCAUUGCCAUCUGACAACUGUGGCACUCAGGAGUGCUUCAUUAUCCAAGACUUUCCCUGAUGGCUUCAGCAAACCCAGCACAAACUUCCCAAGGGACCUUGGCAUUGCUGUUGUUUGCAUAUGUCUGCCCAGACAGUAAGUCAGCAGACAAUCCUAACAGUCCUACUUGACCUAUGUAACAAUGUCCCAGCUGCCUAUGCACAUAAAAAAAAAAAAAAAAAAAAAAAA